AACUGUCUGAUCGCAACGGUGCAAUCGGAUUUCAAUUCGGAGAAAGUUGGACCAAAAAGUGUUCCCCGACUAGGACUAAAUUAGUCCCAAUCAGGGAAGAGUCGUGAGAAUAACAGAGCCGCCCUCCCACAAUCGUGUAAAUGACGAAGAAAAACAGGAAACCUCAUUGUUUUCUACUUUCUCUUUACACUAUAUAAGCAUGUAUCCUCUCCCUCAAUUCUUCAUCAAUUCUCUCCAUUAUUCUUUCUAUUCUGUUCUUGAGAAAGUGAGGAGUGCGAUGGUGCUGUCCGGAGAAGUUGAGGUCGCCGGAGCAAGCCAUGGUGUUCGCCGGAAGUUUCGCCGUUUUUCCGCCGGAAUCAUCGUUUCACUUCAAA